AUGCAAGAAGAGCCCAUUACUUUUGAUAAUGUUAAAGAAUUUCGCAAACGUCAUAGAAUUCGAGUUUAUGGAACUGAUAUUCCAAAUCCUUUUCGUAAGUUUGAAAGUCUUGAAAAAAAAUAUGAAUUUCAAUCAUAUAUAUGUAGAAAUUUAGAAAAGACAAAUUUUAAACAACCAACACCAAUCCAAAUGCAAGCAAUUCCAAUUCUUUUACAUGGGCGAGACGUUAUGGCAGUGGCACCUACAGGAUCAGGCAAAACACUGGCAUAUGUAUUGCCAAUCACACCGCUUCGACUUGUCAAUGCUAUAAAAAAUGAAAGCAUUAAUUUGAAAAGUGCAACGUUGCCAUCAGGAGUUGAAUCUUUGGCUAAUAAUUUUAUGAAAGAUCCUAUAAGGGUUGUUAUUGGCAACAAGAACGCAGCAACAGAAACUAUCAAACAAAAACUCGUUUAUGUUGGACAAGAAGAGGGUAAAUUGAUAGCAGUUCGUCAGUUGAUACAAGAAGGCUUCAAACCACCUGUAUUGGUGUUUGUUCAAUCAAUUGAACGUGCCAGGGAACUAUUUCAUGAAUUAAUAUAUGAUGGUAUUAAUGUUGAUGUUAUACAUUCUGAAAGAACAAAAGCUCAAAGAGAUUCAAUUAUUUUAAAUUUUCGAAAAGGAAAAAUAUGGGUUUUAAUAACUACUGAAUUAAUGGCACGUGGUAUGGAUUUCAAGGGAGUAAAUUUAGUUAUAAAUUAUGAUUUUCCGCAAUCAAUUCAAAGUUAUAUCCACAGAAUUGGUAGAACCGGUAGAGCGGGUAGAUUAGGUGAGGCUAUUACAUAUUAUACAAAAGAUGAUGCUCCAUAUUUAAAAAGUAUUGUAAAUGUUAUGAGAGAAUCAGGAUGCGAAGUUCCAGAUUGGAUGCUUGAAUUGAAAAAUCCAUCCAAAGAAUCCAAAAAGGAAUUGAGGAAAAAGCCAAUAGAGCGCAAAACUAUUAGUACAAGAUCUGAUUAUGACAUUAAGAAAAAAAAAAUCAAACAUAAAUAA